AUGCAAAUACCAGUUUCAGUAGCUUUAGUAGCUUUAGUAGUUUUAGUUCAACAAAAACAAGUACAAGCGCAAGCUCUGGACAGGAAACCAGUCGUAGUAAACGAAAAUAUACCUAGUACUGAUGCAGUUCCAAAAAGAAU